GACAAGUUGGAACGAAAUCGAAUUCUACCAGAUUGAUUCCACUUUGUUAGUUUAGUAUUGUGAUAUUAAAUGAAAAUCCUUUUGUUAUGUGAAUGAAAGACGUUAGCAUGUGUAUUUCACUACAAAAUAAACAAGCACACGGGAUUGGGUGGUCAUUUACACUGGCUUUCAAAAUACCAUUAGAUAGAAAUCUGUAAUAAAAAUAGGGAACUGCUGGGAGCUAUUCAAAAAUUAAGCAUAUUGUUUAAGCGUAUAGUUAAAGCAUGCGUUGCUUUGUGGAUACAGUCCUGUGUAACGACAUUUAGGUGAAAUGUGUUGAAUAUAAAAAUGUAUAAACAUGCAGCUGUGUAGCAAUAUAUGGGUGAUGUAAUUUACCUUAAAAGUCUUUUGAUCUGUAAACUAUUAUGAUAUAUUGCGGGGUCGGGAUCGAGGUAGACAAAUUCAAUGGUAAAUGUUGGACAUGAAUUUCAUUUUAAAUGGGUCACGUACAUUUUUGUGGUUUAAUUGAGAAAAAAUACCAUUGUUUGGGGCGUUUUGCUUUUGUGGUUGAAGUUUAAUUCUCAUGGUGGUGUUUAAUGAAUUAAAUUGGGAUGUUGAAAUUCAAGAGGUACAAUAUGUAAUUAUAAUAUAAUAUUCUGUAACUGCACGAGAAAAUAAUCUCAUGGAGAUGUCAGUGAUAUUUGGUGUUGCUGUAGAUCAUGUCCUCAGAGAGAAAUCUAUCUUGGAGAAAAAGAAGAAAGAAAAAAAACAAGCCAAUCAAAAAAUGAAGAAAUGUGAUGUGUAUUUUAAAAAAAAAAUGAAGCUUGAAAUUGGUUUCAUUCAUUAGGCAUUUCUUUAACUGCAGGGAAGAAUAUUUCGAAAUGACAAUGGGAAAUUUUUGAAAUUUUCAAUAGACCCUGGAGAAGAAAAACAUACACUUGAGUUGUAUAUGAUAACUACGAAGGAAUCACCUGUUAUAUUGGUCUCUAAUUACACUCUCUAGCAGCUAGUUGAAAAUAAACACCAGAUAUAUUAGACAAAAUUGUUACUAAUUAUAUGCACUAAUGAAGACAAAUGGUUUCCAGCAUUCAUUGUUUUAGCAGUUUGGAUACCAAACAUAUGCUGGUGGUGGUAGAUAAAUAGUGUAUUGAUAUGUGCAUUGGACAAGAGAGAGGGGCCUGGAUAUUGGGAAUUAUAUUAUGAAUGAAUUAUCUCUACAGCUGGCUAUUGUUGUAAGAGGAUUUAAAAUCAUUUAGUCGCUGGGAGUUUAAUGGGUCUCGCUGUAGGAUUUAUACCCUUGACUGCUUCUCAUGUUCACAGAGUGCUGUUUCCUCUCUGCCAAUACACAAUUCUUUUUUUUCCGUUUAUUGAAGGCUUUUUUUUCUCGCAGUCUCUAUGAUGUUGUUUAACGAGCAAAUUGAGCUGGAAUGUCUGUUUGACUUUGCCCAUUGUGAACGAGCUGUUUUGAAUUGAGUAUUUUCGCUAGAGAGCUGUUGCAGUAAUAACUGUGUCAAAUGACGUUUUGGAACUGCAUGUAAAAUUCCCAUGGUAGAACGUUUGACGGGAAGGCGUUUAUACACACUUUCGGAGUUUUAAGCCUGAACUUUAGCCAUGGAGCUGGAGAAGUUUCAGAUCAUCUUUAACAACCCAUCUUCCAUAUACAAUGCCGGUGACACAGUUUAUGGGUAUGGUUGGGCAGUCUUCAAAGAACCCAUACAUGUACAGACUGUGUGCAUGGAGGCUAUUGGGGAAGCCAAGGUGGAGUGGAUGACAUCCAGUGACAUUCAAGCAUCAGAUGAAGAGGUGUUCAACUACACCACAGUCCUCCCCAUUAAAGGAGAAGACAAGGAGACACAGGGUGCUACGUUGCAUGAAGGUUCGCACUACUUUCCAUUCGAGUUCACGCUACCAUUAAAUCUUCCAUCGUCUUUCAAGGGUAAACAUGGCCGCUUGCGGUAUUUUGUUAGGAUGACCAUUUGUACCUCUGGUGGGCCUCAUCCGUCACGGACGAGUAAAUUUGGAGUUCAAGGGUCACUUGAUCUAACAGCAGAGCCAAAUGCUACGCUGUCCGUGGAAAACGACACGUUUGAACCCCUGGGGUCAUUGUGCUGUAUAUCUGGAACAGUGACGGCCAAGCUCCACCUAGAGAAAAAAGGCUACACAGUCAAAGAGUCCGUUCCAGUGUGUGCCGAAAUCAAAAACCUCAGUAGUCGCAGGAUUAGCGCAACCUCGGUGUCAUUAAUACAGAACGUAACCUACUACUCGUACAGAGGGCGAUUUUCUGAGACCACGAAACUCGUGACAAUACAUAAAGGAGGGGUGGGGCCACGGGGGAAACAGACCUGGCAAAAAGAGUUACUGAGUAUCCCAACCACCCCUCCCUCUCACCUCCACGGCUGUAAAAUCAUAGAUAUACAGUACUGUAUCGAGCUGGCCAUCAAGCCCUCCGGCUUUGGUAAGAAGGUGAAAAUCCCGGUGGACAUCAUUAUUGGCACGGUUCCCACAGCUAAGCCACAGUCCCAGAAAACUUCCUAUCACCCUCUCCCGUCCAUUGUCAAAGACGACGUGAUUCCGUUCCCGUUCUUCGAGCUCGGGAGCAGUCCUAGUCAACACAUGCUUCCUACAGCUCCUCCAUGGGAAGAGGAUGAGGACAUUCCAUGAGCCUCGGUGUAUACCUGUGUUUUCCAGGGAUGCUGGAAUUAUUUGCAACAUUUGGUGAAAUGAAGAUAAUCAUCAGUUUUAAGUGUGUCUACAGUUACUAUGGAAACCUCAGGAGAUCUAAAGAUUUCGGGACCAGCAUUAAUACGAGUAGUUCUGAUGCCAUAUUGACAAAAAUACCCCACAUUUUUGUGAAAAAUAGAAUAUUGAAGUCUAUUUGUAGAUUUUUUGCAAUAUUGUGAGCAUAGAUCUGAAACACGUGUAAUAUUAACUGUAUAUGAGAUCUGAAACACGUGUAAUAUUAACUGUAUAUGAGAUCUGAAACACGUGUAAUAUUAACUGUAUAUGAGAUCUGCGUUUUUCUUUGUUUUCUAUUGUUAUUGAUAUGUUAGUUCAAAACAUUCUCUUUUAGCUCAAUCCCUUGACCUUUGAUUUUUAUGUUUUUUCCUUAUUUGAAAAGUUAUUUGACUUGUGAGUUUAUUAUUCCACAUCUUCAUUUUAAUGAUUUUGUGAAGAACUUGGAUCACACGUCACUUUUGUAAUAAUUUUCAGCAAUAUGUUUUCUCUGGUUUAGUUCUGUGUAUCCACUAAUAUCUCUGUUAUUUAAGGUGUGGCUAUAACAUGCUCAUUUAGUUCCUAGAAAGUUUGAUCUAAUAUUACCAGGAAGGAACUGUGCUAUUUUUAAUGUUUCCUGUAUUUUGAGUGAUAAGAUGUGUUGAGAAUAUUUUUUUUAAACACAUUUUACUAACAACAUAUGCAACUGACACCAAAGAGUUAUAUGGCUUUCAAUUUGUGUAAAUCUUGUACAUAUAAGAAAACAUUUUAUUUUUUAAAAUACAUGAGAGGUGGAAUUGCGAUGUUUCAUUAAAGGUAUGCUGACAUGAAGUGUUGCAGUUCAUACCCUCAUGUAUUUUCAAAAAUGAAAUUUAUUUCUUAUAUGUGCAUUCUAUUUUCAAUCUUAGACCAUUGAAAUAGAUGAACUAUAUUUAUCAAGAUUCAUAUGUGCAUUGUUUACAACUGUAAUGCAUUCUGGAAGAAGUAGCUAUCAUUACCAAAAGAUAUCAAAGGCAUUAGAAAUGUAAAUAUAUCAUGAUAAAGGGGGGGGGGGGUAGAUUCUUUUGCAUGAAAAGUCUUCUUUUUGUGAAAUAAAGGAAUUUUUUAUUACAAAUUUGAAUAAGAAAACUUUAAAAGGACCAUAUAUUGCAUAUCCCUUCUCCAAAUAAAAAUAGAGGCAUGCACACUAAAAUGAAAAUGGAUAGCCCCACAUGAACAAAUGAAGGAAUACCUAUGGAGAAAAUGUGACAUUGUAGAAAAAUAUUUUUCUUAAGAUGUAGAAAGACUUGAGGUCUAGUCGAUGUGAAUUUUGCAUGUGCCACAUUACGGAGAAAAACAUUAUUUUAUAGAGUGGGUUGUGACUUCUUAGUUUCCGUUUGUUCACCCAAUCUUAAUUUACUUGUUUUAUAAUAUUUUAUUCAUGAAAAAUCUAGUUAAAGAGAAAAAAAAAAUAUUUAGUUAGUUGUACCUAUAUUAUUUGUAUUUAUGCAUCAUCAAGUGCUAAGGGCAGGUAACUCUAAUGUUUGUAUUUGUUGUGCUUAUUUUUGUUUUAAAGCAGUAGAUUGUAGUUUAAAACCAUGUAUGUGUUCAUUUAAAAAAAUAUUACAGCUCAGUUCAAGAAUUCUCAGAAUGUGAUGACAAUUUCUUAUGCAAAUUAUUAUACUGUUCUGUUUACAAAAAGUUGAUUUGUUUGAUUACGGGAGCAGGGGCACUGUGAGUGUUUUUCAUUUGCAAAGGAAUUCUUUGUAUUCAAAGAAGAGAAUUUUUCUUUGCCUUGUCUCUUAUUUAUAUGGACAAAAUCUGUUUCAACACUUUAAGCAAUUCUUACGAAUCCGAGUUAACGAGCAAUUGUUUUAAAAUGAUGCGAUGUAUCCAAGUUAAUGAGUAUUUGUUUUUUUAAAUGACAUGAUGUAUUCAAAGUUUAACCUUUACAGUAAAUAGCUAGGAAGUAUACAUGUAUUGUGUACUUCUAUUUCCAACUUCACUCUUGUACACCAAUAGCUUUAUUUCAUGAUAACAAUUUUUACUAACUUUAUAUAUGCUAAAUCUAUUCUCUUUCUGUAUCACUUACUAUAUAUAGAUUUUAAGUUUACACGGUGUGUCACAGGGUAUUAUGUCCGUGCAGUGCAUAUUUUACAUUGAUGUACAAACCUGUCCCAACUUUUUUGGAAAAGUAUGCAAAUAUUUUUUGGCCACCCUCCUCCAUAUUUGGAGGUUGGCGUGGAUGAAGACAACCAGCAUUAUAAAUGACCAACCAAUGUGUGAAAACCAAAACAGCGAUCUGUGAUUAGUCUCUAUCUAUAGCGAUGUGUAGCUGUGUCACUCAGAUAUGAAGGAUGUGUAAUUGAUUGAAUACCUGGCAGAAUUAACUCUUCUUUUCAAUGAAUAUUUGAGUACACAGAUGUCUAAGAAUUCUGAUGAUGGAAUUGGACCUGCAAUACAGAGUCAGACUUACAUGAUAUGCCGUAUUUCUGAGUAGAAUUGCAAUAUUGAUGAAGUUUAAGGAAUGCAAGUCAUUUCUGUUUGUUGUGUAUCAUUUUUCUGACCAUAGUCAUGUAUUUCUGUCUUUCCCUCUUUCUGACAUUUAUUCAAGCAUUGAAUGAUUAUUUUUUUUAACAUCUAUUGUAAUAAUAAGCCGGAACUUUGCGGAUACAUAUGUAUACAUUUAAUGUGAAGGUGUUACGACAAUUUUGUGAAAAAAUAAUCAUUUAAUGCUUACAUAUGAUUUAUAUUUUCUUUUGGUUAUUUGAAAUUAACACUUACUCUGUAUAAAUGUGAAAUUAACAGUUCAGCAACAGCUAGGUUUAUCCGCUCAAUACCGGCUUUGACUGGUUCUAUAACACAAAGAGUUCUGCACAGUGUCAAGUCCUGAUUUUCUCUGGCAGGGUUGGAAACUAGAAUACUCUCGGAUUUAUUUUGGAAUAUGACAAAAGAUUUCGAUGUACUUCCAUGAAGAAAAUUAAGUGAAAUGUAAUUAUAUUACAGUAAAAGUUAUUCAGGGUUGAUCUUGUAAUGACAAUUUCGUUUCCUUAACGAGAUGUCAUUCAGGUUUUUGUUUACAAGUGCUUAUUUUGUAUUUUUUUAUGGUUUACUUUCAGAAUGAGUAAAAACUCUUUACUUUGUUUGACUGUAUGUACAGUGUAUGUAUGUAAUUUACAUGUGUGCACACACAUGGGAAUAUGUUACAAUUGUUAAUGAAAUCAUAAUUAAAGGUUGAUUGCAAUGAU